UGAAAAUUCUUAUGAAGGAAAACACUGUGAAACCUAUUCAGCAUCGGUACAAUGAGAUUUGAGUUCGACUCUUGAAUCUGGGAAACUUAAAAUUACAAUCCUACCCUGGGGUUUGCUCAGAUUUCACCAUUCUCUGUCCGCACGCCGAGACACUUGCCAUAUCGGUAAAUUACUCUCGAUUUGUAAAAUUCGUUGCCCUCAGAAUUCAAUUCCACGGGCGAUUCUGUGAUCGGAAGGGACAUGUGACCGAGGUGGCCGGACUUCUCCCAAACAACCGACUUCUCUUCUCUCUGAGGUUAGUUGAUGUUGAGCUUUGCCAGAUCUUCUGAUUGAUCGAUUUUAUCCGAGCGUGCUAUCAAUUUCUGAUACAUUAUUACGAAUCGAGAGCUUAUGGAAGUUCCAAUGUUCAAUUAAGUGCACAAUAUCAGCUCACACGCUUCUGCGUCUGCGUCUGAAGCUGAAGCUGUCCGUUGAGCUUUCAUGGUGUAGGAGGACGGGGAAUGGAAGAGAAAGGGGUGAAAGGAUGGAUUGAUGGAGACGAGAGCGCGAGAGAAAUGCUGGGGAGGGUUCUGAGUGAACGCCCGGUGAUUGUGCUCCCUCCGCCGCUUCACCGGAUCCCUGUACGCGCCGGGAAUGUGGUCGAAAUCUCUGGCCCCUCUCCUUCUGCCAAAACCCUUCUCUUGAUUCAGGCAGCUGUCCGCUGCAUUCUUCCUAGAGAGUGGAAAGGAGUACAUUAUGGAGGCCUGGGCCAGCUGGUGCUUUACAUCGACUUGGAUUGCCGCUUCGAACCCGCUCGCCUUCUGCAAGUGCUCAGGUGCCGAAUCCUCGAAGCUAACGGUCGUCAAAUUGAUGGGGGCCGAGAUAAUGUAAAUGGAUGUGAUGAGGAGUUACUUUCGGUUUGCAUGAGAAGGUUCUUAUACAUCCGGUGCUAUCACAGCUUCGAGUUCCUUGCGACUCUGAAGACGCUGCACCAUAGGCUUGAAAAGGAAAGACCAUCGCACGGCGAGAGGGUUCAGUUGCUUUUGAUCGAUAACAUCGGAGCAUUUCACUGGGUGGAUCGAGCCUCCAUGGCUUCCCCGCUCGAGCUUCGUAACAGGAAAAGCCCGUCGCUUCAGAGUGUGUGGGAAGUUGUAGUUCAGGAUCUGAGGAAGCUCUUGCUGGUGCACCCCAUGCUUGUCAUUGCUUCUAAAGCAACCAUAUUAGGGAAUACUGUGAAUGAGGGAGAAAGGCAUUUUCGAGGAAGGUUCUCUGUCGAUAUGAGUACUGACACGAGGAGCGGAAAGAAAGAGUUUCAGAUACAGAAAUUCCGUGAAUAUAUGCCUUCUGUCUGGCAGGCCAUUGUCACUCACAGGAUAGUCGUGCAGACAUCAGAAGAGCAUCCUGCAACUGCUAGUCAUCGGCAGGAUCAGCCAGUCCUGCACCUACUGGAAUGGCUGCUGCCAGCGCUCAGUAUCAUGGACAAAUUCAUCGUCAAAGAUGCCGGAGGACGACAGAUGACAGGCAGCAAUUAGAGGGCGAGGACAACACCUGGGAACUGGAAUCUUAUAUGUCUACACAUGUUUACUAUCAAAUUUCGCAAGAAAACAAGGAGAAGGAGUAUCUGACGACAGAUGGGGACAUGAUCUUGUGGAUCAGAAAACCCACGUCUUAACGUAUGAGUGGCCAUUGACCACAGGAUUGCUAACGAGACAACGAAUACCAAACAUCUUCAUACAUAAAUUUGUCAACAACUGGGAGUAUCGGAUGUCUAAGAUAUUAGUGAGCGGAUGUUAUGGAGAAUUAUUGUUACGCAUGGAAUGCAUGCAUGAAUUAUAGUUUUGUUAGUAAGAAUUG